CAUUCAGUGUCCCCGCGUCAGAAAUCAUGCAGUCAUACUCACGUCCCCUCGUUCCACAUCAGCCUCUGGAGAGACAGAAAUCAUCAUCAGCUUUGACAGCGCAGAGAGAGGUGAGGGAAACCAUGUGACUGUGGAGUAUCAGGACAGAUUAGUGAGUAGGUAUGAGUUUGUCUGUUACUGUCUGGGUAGAUUGCUGUCUCUCGGUCAUCGAGACUGACCUGAUUUGAACCACCGUUCUCCCCAAACCGGUGAUAUCGUAGAUUUUUACAACACAUCAUCAGUUGCUUGUGGACCUGCAAUGGCACUGCUUCCAGUGGAGGCAGAACACUUUGACGGGCUAUCACUCCUCUACUGGACAAUAAUGGGGCCCCAAGGCAUCAACCGUGCUGUUGAGAGACUAGACUUCACAGACUGUAAAAAAGGAUUGGGCGUGAAGAUUAUUGGGGGCUACAGGGAACAGAGUGGUGAAGAGUUUGGUAUUUUCAUUAAACGGGUUUUGCCAGGUGGCGUGGCGGCACAGGACGGCCGUCUUAGAGCAGGGGACCUCAUUUUAGAUGUUAACAACAUGAAUUUAGGAGGUGUUACAAAUGAAAAGGCAGUGGAGGUUCUUCGCAUGGCAUCAUCUUCAAAUCACAUGUCUUUACUGAUAGUACGUGAUGACCCUUCCAGGAGGGAAUUUGCUGAACUAAUGGAAAAAUAUGGCUCGAGCUAUAGUACCAGUUCUGGAUCAGACAUCUCUGUUUCCACAGGAAAGAUGACCGACACUGCCUCCUCCUCCUCAUCUUCCAGGUCUACCAGUCCUCUGCUUCUGAGCCCUAAAGACCCAAACCCAGUAUACACCACUGCCUGCAUUACCUCCCCACCUCCACAAGUCUGCACAGACUGCAUGAUUCAGUUGAUAUGUGUUGCCAAAGGGACAGGAUUAGGCUUGGUCAUCAGGGGCGGAGCUAACCGUGCAGAGGGGCCAAUGGUGUUCGUUCAGGAAAUAAUGCAAGGGAGCGACUGCCAAAAAGAUGGGAGACUAAAGGCCGGGGACCAGCUCAUAUCCAUCAAUAAGGAGUCUCUCGUUGGAGUAACACAUGAAGAAGCCAAAAUCCUACUCACUCGAACAAAACUCAGACCAGACCCUACAGUAGAGAUAGCGUUUAUCAGACGAAGGUCUUCUUCUGGCUCCAGCAGUGGACCCCACAGCCCCAUCUCCAUUCAACCUCCCUGCAGUUCAACUCCCCAACUCAGGCCCCCUGGAGUUCUCGUUCCCAAGAUAGCCAGCACCCCCAACUCUGGAAGUGAGACGUUGCCUUCUGUAGACCUUACUAAGGUACGACCAGCAAUAGGAAAGCCUAAUCUCACCCCCGUGUCCUCACUUGAGAGUGCCUGCACCACAGUGGCCAACUCUGAUGCAACUGCUGCCUGUAAUCCCAGCAAUACCUGGAGACCCUCAAAACCUCCAUCCUCAAUUCCCAGCUUCGAACUCAAGCCCGAGAAAACAGAGCAGACACUGGAGGCACUGGGAUUGAAGCCGAAUGACUCUCAGGUCCUGACUCUGAGAGAAAGACUGCGUUUGAACCCAGGAGGGACAGUGGCUUAUGGCGAUUUUGAGAGAGUGACAAAGGAACUCUUUAAACUACCGUCCAAGUCUGAAUCGGAACAGGAAGUAGCGAGAUUGACAUCAGAUGAUCUCAGUGAGUCUCCUUCAAACCCUACACCAUCGUUAUCGGACUCUGAUGAUCUGGAUGAGAUGGAGAGACUAAGAAAAGACCACAUUGAGGCCUUGAGAGAGCUCAAGAGAAUACAGGAUAAGCUUGCAGAAUCCGAGAGCCUUAAUCAUAAGAUGCAGCAAGAACUGACAAAAGUUAAACAGGAAGCAAAAUCUGCAAUGGAGGAGAGCCGAUCCCUGCGGACCCGGAUCCAUCUGGCAGAUGCAGCUCAGAAACAGGCCCGAGGAAUGGAGAUGGACUACGAGGAGGUUAUCCACCUCCUGGAGGCUGAGAUUGCUGAAAUGAAGUCUCAGAAAUCUGAGCAACCCGGUCAGGGCAAGGAUGAUCUACAAAAUAUGAAAAAAAGGAUUUCUGUACUUGAAUGCCAGCUACGGAAAAGUGAAACUGUAAAGAAGGAUUUUGAAACCUCUACGGGUAAACUUCUGCAGUUUGUGGAGGCUGUCCAAGGCUUCCUAUCUGAAAACCAAAGCGGUCCAAGAGGCUUUAGUUCUCCCAGCGAUCCGAAGUUGGCCACACAGUCUCAGACCUUGGCAUCUCGAGGUGGGAAGAAACCACCCUGGACUGCAUCUGCUCUUGCUGUGGAAGCUAAAGAACUAACUCAUACUGUCAGAAGCCUUCUAGAGCUGGACUGUAAGUAUACAGGUACCAAAUGAUGCACAAAAAAACGGAGAGAGAUGGACAGAUGGAUGGAUUAAGGGAAGAUAGAAGACUCCUGGGUUCAAAGGAUCAGCUGAGGGAGGGAAGAAAGAUCUAAAGUGAUUACUUAGGGGACUGAAAACAUGUUCCACACACCUGGCAGCAUGUGACCUCUCAGCGAGUGAUGCUCACGUUUUGUUUGAAUGCUGCCCUACGGGGGGAGGACGAGGCAGGCUUUGAGUUGCACAUGGAGGGCCACUCUUAUCACACUGAUCGAAAGCAAAGAGAGCAACCUCAUCCCAGCACAGAGACGAGCAGUGGUUUCCACGUGAUGGAUAUUCUUUCAGCCUUGUGACAGGCUGCGUACAAACUCUGUAUCUCAUCAAUAAGACAGAGGGGGAGACAUGCUUUGGAAUAAGGAUUUAUGAUUGAAAAAUGGGCUAAAAUAAGGUUGCACACACCUUAUUUAAUAAUUUAAAGGGUUAGUUCACCCAAAAAAUGGAAAUUGUCAUCAUUUACUCGUUUGUUUCAAAGCUGUAUUAUUCGAUUUCUUCUGCAGAA